ACAAUAAAUAAAUAAAUUAACUAGUUAGCGACCUCACGACGUGAGUGUAUAACAUUGGAUGCGUGUAGAGUACGUGGACAAUGGAAGAAUAUUAUUUGCUUUACUGAUGAUAUUUCGAUUAUUAAAAUUAACUUUAGUUUGCUGUCAAGCUAAUUUUGUGUACUUCAUAAACUUAUAGCAUAGUUGGUACGGCCUAAGUAGGGGUGAUACAGAACAUGAUCAAUAACAGCAAGCGACGGCUUAUCAUUGUAUUUUCUUCAAUUUUUCAUAGUUGAUUUUUUAAACUUACAAAUAUAUAUCUUAAACUUCUAAGGAAUAAAAUUCAGUGCUGGAGUAGAUAAUCGUAAAUAACGGUCACAACCUCUGGAAUUACUGGUUUGGCCCGUACCGGAAGUGAGGUGUCCAUUCUUUGCUGAGCUGCAAGAUGAACAUUUAGCUGGCUAGUUAGCUUGCUUUCUGAAAAGACAGCGAUAGGCCAAUCGUUUAGUUGGCGGAGACUAGUCUUUGAAAUAGGAAAAGACUGGAAUUAUAUAAAAGGAAAACGGCAAAGGAGAUAUCACGUCUCCCACCUGUCUCCGUCCACACUCCACCCGUUGGAGGUCGGCCCGGACUGAGCGUGGACCAAACGCAUUCCGACAGCGACAGAAGUCGCGACAGGACUGAAGGAUGGUGCGAGCAGCCCUGGUGACAGCCACUAGUCUGGCCCUGACUGGGGCAGUGGUUGCCCAUGCCUACUAUCUCAAGCACCAGUUCUACCCCACUGUGGUCUACCUCACCAAGAGUAGCCCCAGCAUGGCUGUGUUGUAUAUCCAGGCCUUUGUGCUGGUGUUCCUGCUGGGGAAGUUCAUGCGGAAGGUCUUCUUUGGGCAGCUGAGAGCUGCGGAGAUGGAGCACCUGAUCGAGCGCUCCUGGUACGCGGUGACAGAGACCUGCUUGGCCUUCACAGUGUUUCGGGAUGACUUCUCCCCUCGCUUUGUGGCCCUCUUUACCCUGUUGCUCUUCCUCAAGUGCUUCCAUUGGCUGGCAGAAGACAGGGUGGACUUUAUGGAAAGGAGUCCUAACAUCUCCUGGAUAUUCCACUUCAGAGUUUUGUCUCUGAUGUUGUUGCUGGGAGUCCUAGACUUCCUGUUUGUCAAUCAUGCCUGUCACAGCAUCAUUACACGGGGGGCCUCAGUCCAACUGGUCUUCGGGUUUGAGUAUGCUAUCCUGAUGACCAUGGUCCUGACCACCUUCAUCAAGUACACCCUCCAUACCAUUGACCUGCAGAGUGAGAACCCCUGGGACAACAAGGCGGUUUAUAUGCUGUACACCGAACUCUUCACCGGUUUCAUUAAGGUGCUGCUCUACAUGGCGUUCAUGACCAUUAUGAUCAAGGUGCACACCUUCCCCCUCUUUGCCAUCCGCCCCAUGUACCUGGCCAUGAGGCAGUUCAAGAAAGCAGUCACAGAUGCGAUCAUGUCCCGAAGAGCCAUCCGCAACAUGAACACGCUCUACCCAGAUGCCACUCCUGAGGAUCUACAGGCCACUGACAACGUGUGCAUCAUCUGCAGGGAAGAGAUGGUCACCGGAGCAAAGAAGUUGCCCUGCAACCACAUCUUCCACUCCAGCUGCCUUCGGUCGUGGUUCCAGAGACAACAGACCUGUCCCACCUGUCGCAUGGAUGUCCUUCGUGCCUCACUGCCCAAUCAGACUCCCGCCCCGCCACCUGCUCAGCCACCAGCCCCGCCUCCACCUGUCAAUCCUCCAGUGCAACCUGCUGGCAAUGUGCCCCCUGGAGUGAUGCCACCAUUCCCUCCAGGUCUCUUCCCCUUUUGGGGGCCCUUCCCUGGGGCGCCGCCACCUGCUGCUGCUGCUGGUGCCCAAGGAGGUGCUGCUGAGCCCCCCCAGUCCAGCACUGAAGGAGCCCAGGCACAGGCAGCUGGCACCAGUCAAGCAACCCAGCCUGGCACUGAUGCUGUACCUCCACCACCAGGAGGUGCUAUGCCAGGAUUCCCCUUUUCCUUUCCCCCACCAUUUCCAUCGGCUCCCUGGCUGGCUGUGCCCCCUCCUCCUCCACCCUUUGUGUCUUCUAUGCCUCCGCCCCCGGCAGCGCUGUCCACCCUUUCAGAGGCGGAGCUGAGGGAGCUGGAGCAGGAGGGCAGGCGGGGCCUUGAGGCCAGGCUGCAGUGUCUUCACAACAUCCACACGCUGCUGGACGCCGCCAUGCUCAACAUCCACCACUACCUCACCACUGUUGCCACACUCAGCCCUCCCCGUUCUGAGACUGUUAGCAGUGAGCCAGCUGAAGGGGCUCAGACGGAGUCGACACCCCCUACUGGCAGUGCUGAGAACAGCACUCAAAGCAAUCAAUCUGUUAAUGGGGCAGCAGGCUUCACCCAGCCAGACUCCACCACGGAGAGGGAAAGCGAAGAGGCUGGAGAGGACGAGGGGAAUGAGGGAGAUGAAGAGGGUGAAGACGGGGCACCCAACACCGCAGAGCUGCGGAGACGACGCCUUCGCAAACUGGACACUGCCCCACCCCCUGAUCAAUGAUAAACGGCUAUUGAUCUUUACUGAUCCCUUCUGAAGCGCAUAGACUAACGGCUGACACACACACCGCACACUCUCUCUCUCACUCACACACACACGUGCAACAGACAGGCACACGCGCAUCCGCUCUGAUUCUCACACAGCGCAGUAGCUCAAGUGGGACACUCCUAUUUACAGUGACAAAGAGGAUCCAUUCAGGCUCUGCAGACUCACUAACACAGUACAGUUUCCAGCCUCUUCAAGCAAGGCCUUCGCUUUAUAUAGAAGCAAUUGUGAAGCCCUGUUUCUUGAAUCAGUUCUGUCAUUUUGGAUUUUAUUUUUCUUUCACCUGAUAAACAUGCACUCUGCUAGGCUGUGUGUGCUUGUGUCUCCUGUCCUGUUCACACCACACUGAAGAUUAAUGGUAAAGCAGUCAGCCAGAAUGCUUGAAGCAUAUUGGUGUGGUCCAAGACAGGGUUCUUAUCAUUGGAGUGUCAAGAGUCUGAUGCUUCAGAUAUCCUGAAGGUCUCAACAGUGACACAGCCCACCCAGGCACAAGUUUACUGUUGGGGUGCAUCUCUUUCCCUGUCAGGGCAGGCCCAAAUGAAAGUUUUCACAAUAUUUUUCAUCUCCUUAAAACUUGCAUUUUUUUUUUUUUUAAAUUGUUAUUUUUUCCCGUUGCUUUGGCAGUCCAAGUUACACAAAUCUUUCAGCCUUUGGGAAUUGUGGGAUGAGGCGGGGGGCUUGUGGCCAGCUGGAUUUGAGCUCUGAAUGGUGGACUUAAAGCUGCAAGCUAGCCCGUUUCCUUGGCCUAUUUUGGUUUUUCUUUCUCCAUGACUACGGAGAUGUGAGCUUUGAGCUUUUAAGCUCAAACGGAAACAAAGGAGGGUUAAUUUAACUUGUACAUAAUGUAUAAAGAGUUUUAAUAGGAGAAUAUGUACAUACUGCUGAAUAAACCAUUCAAAUGUA